AUGAGUCCUAUAAAUAGGGUAACAUUCACCAUAACUGAAAUCAUCACUAGAAACAUAUCAAGCAAUAUACUCAUUGUUAUUAUGGCAAAAAUCAAUAACAAAACAGUCGUCUGCAUGCUUUUCAUGAUCUUCCUUUUUGUUGGUACCAUGACAACAAUUGAAGGCAGAGCUGUUUCUCGUGAUUUUACAAUACCAGUCCCUCUUUGUUCUUCUGUUGUUGGCGUGAAAAGUGGAGAUACUUGUUUUGGCAUAGCUCAAAAGUUCAAAAUAAGCUUGGAAUUCUUUGACCUCAUCAACCCGAAUCUGAAUUGCAACAAGUUGUUCAUAGGAGAAUGGAUUUGUGUUGAUGGACAAUGA